AUGGCAAAGGGAGAAACGGGGCAACUGGCUGCCUCAUCGCUGCAGUCCAAGGCAGCGAAAGCAGCCCCUGCUCAUGCUGCUGCUCGGCGUCGCAGUUCCACCUUGCGACGCUGGGCCAGCGUGGCAACUUCGAAGUGGGCUUGGAGCGCCGUUGUUAUUGUGGCGGUCUACUUGGGUUUCUUCUAUCGUCCGCGGCUUCUGAGAUACACAUUUGAAAUAGCCGGGGGGCCUGGCUUAAAUCCUGAAUUCCCUUCUCCAUCUCGCCACUUCCGCGUUGUGGUGCGAAAUGCCAAGGGUCACCAGGAGGUGCCUUCUGGGUUCAAGGCUAACAACAUCCGUCUCAGUUGGCAAACUGUGCCGCAUAUCCCAGGACAGUCUGGUCCACCUGUUGGAUAUGAGGUGUACGACAUAGGUAACGGCGAAUAUGAAGUAGCAUAUCGAGUAAGGGAAGGAAUACCGAGCGGCCACGAGCUGCGCUUGAGGGUUACCUAUGGUGGCCGUCGAACGAACUUUGCAAUCGAGCCAGUAGAAGUAUCUAUACAGGGCCCUCUCCAUGAACCAAGCUGCUUUGACCCCGUAAAUUCAUCUACGUGGACCAAAGCUAUGGGUUGCCCACGCAGCUUUCCCCAGCUGGAAGAAGAUUUGGAGAACUUCGUGACGAUCGAUUUGGCCAAACUACGGGCUGCUAUCCCCAAGCUGCUGGAAAAAAGCUCUGCAACCUCUUUCCUGCAUUACGUAAUCAAGGACAACCAAAUCUUUAGGAAGGUUCACGGACCUUUCCCAGCAUUUUCGUAUUUUUCUGACAUGAUCCUUCACCAAUUGAGUGCCACUGUCAAGUUACCAGGUGAUUGGCCUCUCGUCGCAAAAAGUUGGGGUGACAGCAGGGUACCAGUGUUCUCGUGGUGCGGGUCUACUGACUCAUUCGAUAUAGUACUUCCCCAGUGGGACGUUACGCGCUCAACGGUCCUUGGGAACGCGGCUUCUAGCCCGGAUCUUCUGGCUUCUCAGGGUUGGGGCACCCGUAAGUGGAACACUAAAGAUCCCCGAGCGGCAUUCCGUGGACGUGACAGCAAUCCUGUUCGAGUGCAGCUCGCACAGCUGUCUUCAAAACACCCAGAUGUGCUUGAUGUAGCUAUUACUAGCUGGGAAAACGACGAAAAUUUUGAAGUUGAAGAGCAACUUGGCAGAAAGGGGUCUCUGCAACUCCAAGAGUUUCCCAAGUACAAGUACAUCCUCUUGCUUGACGGCACAGUUGCUGCCUACAGAAAUCCGUAUCUUAUUGCCAGCGGCAGUUUAUUGCUAAAACAGGAGAGCCCCUACUACGAGUGGUAUCAGAAAGAGCUGUCUCCCUGGAAGCACUUUGUCCCAUUUGACGGCACUGGAGAAGACUUGCUGUCAAAGCUACAAUGGGCAAAGGAGCAUGAUGAGGAGGCGCAACGCAUUGCUGCCAACGCUCGAGACUAUGCGAGGCAGAAUCUUCUACCAGAACGUGUCCUGUGCUUUUACUACCAAGCAUUACAUGCUUACGCAUCCAGACAGAAAGGCACCCCAGCUGUUACAGAGGACAUGAUUUGGGUACCCCUACCACAUCGACCAAAGCGCAAUACGUGCGGUUCGCCCGACGUACUGACAAGAUUAGGAAGUUAUCCCAUAAUCCCGCUCCACCCGACAUCAGUAGAAUCAGUUUUAUUCAAGGAGGACAAGGACGCGGUUGUUAUUGCUCACUCAGCAUUUUGCAACAAGAGUGCUCGUGUUCUCCCUGGGAUCGUAGCCAUGGCGCGGCAGUACAAAGCAGCUGGCGCAGACUUGCUAUUUGCCUCUGCGGAGACAUUUUCCUUGCAGUACCCCAUCAAGUGGCUUCACGCCGGCAGUGGACCGAAGCUGUUCUUCUUGAAAGCAGGUUCUGCCACUCCUGAACAGUUAGAAGGCCAGCUGACAGUAUCAGCAGCUGUAUCAUUCAUCAAUUCAAAGCUAUCAAGUGCGCAACACCGCAUCACCGCUCCACCUGAGCCUGAAGAAACAGUUUCAGACCCUAUACCAGAAAAAUGGGAUGGACCUGUGAAACGCAUUGUCGCCAAAAAUUUCGAUGAGCGUGUGUUAAACUCGGACAAGGACGUGCUUCUCAUGGUGUCAGCCCCAUGGUGCGGCUACUGCAAGAAAAUAAAGCCGGCGUUCUUUCGCUUCGCACGUUCAGUUGCUGCGAGCUCAGCAGCGGCUACGGUGCUAGACGUCGCGAAGAUGAAUGGGCCUACAAAUGAAAUUCGCCAUCCGGAAUUUCCCGUUCCUCACUACCCAACAAUUUGGUUCAUUCGAAAGGGAGAAACCAAACCCAUAAUUUUUUCAGGUAGUGCGACGGAAGAAAAGCUCUUGUCUUUUUCAAAGCAACAUGCCACGAAGCCUGAAAGCCUUGAAGGAGUUGUUGUUCAAGCUCCUGAUUUGCGCACAUCCUCAUUGCCUUUAAUGAAAGACACUCAGCAACGGACUGGCUCUCCUAUCCUCAGCAUCGACACCGAGACCUUUUACUCCGGCGUGCUUGACAGUGACAAGGAUGUGCUGCUACUCGUUUACGCCCCGUGGUGUGGACACUGCAAAAAGCUGGAGCCCAUCUACGAAGAGUUUGGGAAGCUUGCGGCCGAGUCGAAGACAGCUAGCGAGUCACUGGUUGUGGCGAAAAUGGACGGCGCGGCCAACCGACUGCCGGACGAGAAGUACAAGGUGACUGGUUUCCCGACUGUGUGGUUCUUCAAGAAAGGAUCAGAUACUCCAAUCAAGUUUAUGGGAGAGCGAACUACCAAAGGCCUCGCCUCAUUUGUGCAGCAGCACGCAACAGCGAAAGUAGAACUGAAGGUCCCUGAUUCGCCGGCAGUGGAGGCUGUGUCGCAGCCGGUUCCGACGGUGAAUGAUGGCGCUGUGAAAGUUGUGGUUGGCGACACGUUCAAGUCGCAGGUUCUGGAUGCAGGAAAGGACGUGCUGCUGCUCGUUUACGCUCCGUGGUGUGGACACUGCAAAAAGCUGGAGCCCAUCUACGAAGAGUUUGGGAAGCUUGCGGCCGAGUCGAAGACAGCUAGCGAGUCACUGGUUGUGGCGAAAAUGGACGGCGCGGCCAACCGACUGCCGGACGAGAAGUACAAGGUGACUGGUUUCCCGACUGUGUGGUUCUUCAAGAAAGGAUCAGAUACUCCAAUCAAGUUUAUGGGAGAGCGGACUACCAAAGGCCUCGCCUCAUUUGUGCAGCAGCACGCAACAGCGAAAGUAGAACUGAAGGUCCCUGAUUCGCCGGCAGUGGAGGCUGUGUCGCAGCCGGUUCCGACGGUGAAUGAUGGCGCUGUGAAAGUUGUGGUUGGCGACACGUUCAAGUCGCAGGUUCUGGAUGCAGGAAAGGACGUGCUGCUGCUCGUUUACGCUCCGUGGUGUGGACACUGCAAAAAGCUGGAGCCCAUCUACGAAGAGUUUGGGAAGCUUGCGGCCGAGUCGAAGACAGCUAGCGAGUCACUGGUUGUGGCGAAAAUGGACGGCGCGGCCAACCGACUGCCGGACGAGAAGUACAAGGUGACUGGUUUCCCGACUGUGUGGUUCUUCAAGAAAGGAUCAGAUACUCCAAUCAAGUUUAUGGGAGAGCGAACUACCAAAGGCCUCGCCUCAUUUGUGCAGCAGCACGCAACGGCGAAAGUAGAACUGAAGGUCCCUGAUUCGCCGGCAGUGGAGGCUGUGUCGCAGCCGGUUCCGACGGUGAAUGAUGGCGCUGUGAAAGUUGUGGUUGGCGACACGUUCAAGUCGCAGGUUCUGGAUGCAGGAAAGGACGUGCUGCUGCUCGUUUACGCUCCGUGGUGUGGACACUGCAAAAAGCUGGAGCCCAUCUACGAAGAGUUUGGGAAGCUUGCGGCCGAGUCGAAGACAGCUAGCGAGUCACUGGUUGUGGCGAAAAUGGACGGCGCGGCCAACCGACUGCCGGACGAGAAGUACAAGGUGACUGGUUUCCCGACUGUGUGGUUCUUCAAGAAAGGAUCAGAUACUCCAAUCAAGUUUAUGGGAGAGCGGACUACCAAAGGCCUCGCCUCAUUUGUGCAGCAGCACGCAACAGCGAAAGUAGAACUGAAGGUCCCUGAUUCGCCGGCAGUGGAGGCUGUGUCGCAGCCGGUUCCGACGGUGAAUGAUGGCGCUGUGAAAGUUGUGGUUGGCGACACGUUCAAGUCGCAGGUUCUGGAUGCAGGAAAGGACGUGCUGCUGCUCGUUUACGCUCCGUGGUGUGGACACUGCAAAAAGCUGGAGCCCAUCUACGAAGAGUUUGGGAAGCUUGCGGCCGAGUCGAAGACAGCUAGCGAGUCACUGGUUGUGGCGAAAAUGGACGGCGCGGCCAACCGACUGCCGGACGAGAAGUACAAGGUGACUGGUUUCCCGACUGUGUGGUUCUUCAAGAAAGGAUCAGAUACUCCAAUCAAGUUUAUGGGAGAGCGGACUACCAAAGGCCUCGCCUCAUUUGUGCAGCAGCAGGCAAGCAGCCGCGUGGAAAUAUCUGUGCCUUGA